AUGAACGUAGUGAUCCAGGCGUUGGCACAUGUACCGCCAUUGCGCAAUUAUUUUCUCCAGAGCGGCAAUGGCGAUGCAUCUGCGUCCGCCUCCGAUACGCUCCCGCAAAGUACAGAGCUUGUUCGCCGCUUUGCGACACUCAUCCGGCGUCUUUGGAAUCCACGUGCCUUCAAGAGCCAAGUGUCGCCCCAUGAGUUUUUGCAAGAAGUGACUGAAGCUAGUCAAGGCCGAUUCCGUCUCACAGAGCCGUGUGACCCGGUGGAAUUCUUGGGCUGGCUUCUGAAUCGCCUGCACAUGGACUUGGUAGGAAGUGGCUCGAAAGCGCGCAAACAGCCAUCGAUCAUCACUGAAUGUUUUCGAGGAGCGUUGCGCCUCGAGUCACAAAAAGUCAUUGUGCGUACGGGCUUGGAAGACGACGACGAUCUUGUUGUCGAUAAACUUGACCAUGACGGCCGUCGUGCCGGCGGUCAGCAGGACGAGUUUGGACACGCCAAAUUCAAUAUCGACAAGGCUAUCAAAGUCGACCAAGUCCCCUUUUUGCUCCUGGCUAUUGAUCUUCCUCCACUCCCAGUGUUUCAGGACGUCGUUGCUGACAAUAUCAUUCCUCAGGUGCCUAUUGCACACCUACUAGCCAAGUACGAUGGCACGACAAUCCAAGAGUCACAUGGCCUUAUCCGACGGCACAAGAUCACACGCUUGCCGCCAUAUCUCAUCAUUCAUUUUCGUCGAUUUACUCACAACCGAUUUGUUGACGAGCGCAAUACCACCAUCGUGAAUUUCCCGCCAGUGGGGCUGCAACUCCAGGACUACGUUGAUGCACCGGAGCUAAACGAAAGCCCUAGGCUCGGCUCCGUGUACAAUCUACUCGCAAAUAUCACACACGAGGCUACCGCCGGCACUGUGCGAGACCAAAGCGUAUGGCGUGCCCAAGUCCACACGCGUGCACAAAGAGAGCAAUGGUUCCAAAUGCAGGACUUGAUUGUCGAGCCUGUGAAUCGACAGAUGCUUUUCUUGGGCGAAUCCUAUGUGCAGAUUUGGGAACGUGUGCAUGCGGCUGAAGACAUGGCCGACUCUUUCACCUCUUUGCCAGCUCCACAGCCACCUAAGCGGGAGCAGCGCGCAGCGGCAUAG